GUAAGGCCCAAGAGCCCAGAGCAAUUCUCGUGGCUGCAACAAUUAGAAGCGUUUGUCUCCCAAAUCUUCGGCUUGUUUCUGCAGCUUCUCUCUCUUACCUUCACUUUCUCCUUAUUCUUCAUUAGAUCCUCAGUUCCCAAUCGACCCUCCAUUUCUGUGAACUGAGAUGGCUGGAGGUGUUAUUCGGCAGUUAUUUAGGAGGAAACUCCAAUCUCAUUCUCCUCAGAAUUCUUCUUUUAAGUCAUUCAUUAUCACAAAGAAAGAUGGUGCUGACUCUAUUGGCAACAACUCCUUAAGAGUGCUUGCAUUAGUUGGAGCUGGUGUCUCAGGGUUUCUAGGUUUUGCAACAACAGCAUUUGCUGAUGAAGCUGAGCAUGGCCUGGCAUGUCCUAGCUAUCCAUGGCCUCAUAAGGGCAUCCUUAGUUCAUAUGAUCAUGCUUCGAUUCGUCGUGGUCAUCAAGUUUAUCAAGAAGUCUGUGCUUCUUGUCAUUCUAUGUCUUUGAUAUCAUACCGUGAUUUGGUUGGUGUUGCUUAUACAGAAGAAGAGGUAAAGGCUAUGGCAGCUGAGAUUGAGGUGGUUGAUGGCCCUAAUGAUGAGGGUGAGAUGUUUACACGCCCUGGUAAACUCAGUGAUCGCUUUCCCCAGCCAUAUGCAAAUGAAGCAGCAGCUAGGUUUGCUAAUGGAGGAGCCUAUCCUCCAGAUCUAAGUCUUGUUACCAAAGCUCGUCACAAUGGUCAGAACUAUGUGUUUGCACUUCUAACUGGUUAUCGUGACCCUCCUGCUGGUGUUUCGAUUAGAGAAGGACUGCACUAUAAUCCUUAUUUUCCUGGCGGGGCUAUUGCUAUGCCUAAAAUGCUUAAUGAUGGUGCUGUUGAAUAUGAAGAUGGUACCCCUGCUACAGAAUCUCAGAUGGGUAAAGACAUUGUAUCAUUCCUGACUUGGGCUGCGGAACCUGAGAUGGAAGAGAGAAAACUGAUGGGAUUCAAAUGGAUAUUUGUUCUAUCACUGGCAUUACUUCAAGCUGCCUAUUACCGUCGGCUUAGGUGGUCCGUUCUAAAGUCUCGCAAGCUGGUUCUUGAUGUUGUCAACUAGCUGCCUUCCAGUUUCAUUUCAUUUUUUACAUCAGGAAAGAUUAUUGUUGACAAUAAUUUUGUCAGAUGCUAAAGUUGUCUCUUCAUGUCAAAUUCAUUGAAGGAGUAACUGAAGCUUGUUCUAUUUUUGUUUGAGAUAGAAAUAAAGCUGCUCCGUGUAUGUGAGAUAUAAUUAUUUUCACUUUUUCUUCCUUCUCAGACCUACGUAUUGUUACAUUCUCCAGGACCCCUGUACUCUUAUUUUUUUUCCCCCUCAAUCUGGAUUAUUCGGUAAUUGACCUGUGAUUUGGGUUUAUUUUGGUUACCUUAUUAUAAGAAAGAGACUAGGCCAAAAGGGUCUUUUUGGAAAUUGGAAACAAGGUUCAUUUUACAUCA